CAGCGUGUAGCGCUUGCGCGCGCGUUGAUAUUCGAACCAGAGCUCAUACUGAUGGACGAGCCGCUUGGAGCACUCGACAAAACGCUGCGUGAACAUAUGCAAUAUGAAAUAAAGCAGAUCCAUCGCGACUUGGGCGUCACCAUGGUUUAUGUGACCCAUGACCAAUCCGAAGCGCUUACGAUGUCAGACCGCAUUGCGAUCUUCGAAAAUGGAAAUAUCGUUCAGAUCGAUAAUCCGCGCGCGCUUUAUGAGCGUCCGGCCAACGCCUAUGUUGCUGGAUUUAUCGGUGAAAAUAAUAUGCUUUCAGGGCGAUCUAAUGGUUAUGAUGAAAAUGGUUGCCUUCUUGUCACUCUUGAUAGCGGCAACCCCAUACAUAUGCGCGAUUUGAACAAUAUAGAUGCAGGAACAGCCGUUACACUCGCAGUCCGUCCGGAGAAUAUUUCCAUCGGAGAAGCCGCUCGACAAAGACGUAAUCAAUGCAGCGCAACGAUAAGCGACGUCACUUACGUCGGAGAUCAUUUACGUCUGCUUGUUGACAUAGGUGCAGGUCAACAACUUGUCCUGCGACGACCCUUGAUCGACUUUCCGUCAGAGCCACAGCUCGGACAACCAUUACUUAUCGGUUGGAACGAUACAGACGGGUGUGUGUUCUUUAGUAGCAAAGCAGCCUAG